GCGAUCGUCAGUAACGGCACGAACAUCAACUUAAGUUUCUCCGGCCCUGGAGUCACCAACUUCAACAACAACAAUAACAACAACAACAAGGAGCUUGACCUUGACAAGGAGCCUGGCAAGGCACACAUCAGGUCCUCGUUCAUCCUGAACGGUGUGUGCGUGAGGUGGCGGGGGUGGCUCGACCUGGAGCGUCUGGACGGCCUGGGGGUCGUGGAGUACGACGAGGAGAGCGCCCUGGUCAGUCUUGUUAUUAUUAUUAUUAUUAUUAUUAUUGUUAUUAUUUUUAUUCAAGAUGUCAUGGGCUGGUUGCUGACGGAUGCUUAA